CUUUGUAAAUGAAAGAUGACCGAGAUUAUUAUAACAUAAAAGAACGGAAUCAUGAAAAGUUGAGAAUAAGGAAACUAUUAAUGAACAACAAAAAAACAAAAAUGAAAAAGGGAAAUGACGUCAGCAUUGACAAGGUAACCACGUCGCUUAUUGCGAGUCCCUCCAGAUGUCUGGUGUGGUAGUCGCUUUAGGAAUCAAACGCGGAGCUCCAAUAACAAUGGCCAUUACCAAACUCUUCAAUUUCUCUAUCGAUUCAAACACACACAACAGACAUUCCUCAAAUUUUUCCCUUUUCUUGUUUUGGUUUUUCCAUAUUCUCGUCUCUUUCCUUCUUUCUGUUGCUCUUUGUCACCAAUCAAAAAACAUCUCCGCCUUUCUCUCUCUCUCUCUCUGUUCUCGUCGUCCUUAGCUAUACUACAUUUUCAAUCCGAUAGAUUCUGAACAAGAGACCCAGAUCCUCCCAUUUGAGAGAUUCCUGCAAAUGCGACUUGGCGAUCUAGCUAUGGAGGAACGAAUGAGAAAAACCAAGAUUCGGAGAAGAAAUAUGUGAAGAGACUAACAACAUAAACAACAACAAAAGUGAAAUUUCGAACAAGAGAAAAACCAAAAAACGAAUAGAGAAAUGUCGGUAGCACACGCAGACGACGCCGACGAUUACAGCCGACCAACGGGAGAGGCUUACCACGCCGAGAAACCAUUGCCGAGUGGAGACUUCUACACAGGGCAAUGGCGAGACAAUCUUCCUCACGGACACGGCAAAUACCUCUGGACCGAUGGUUGUAUGUAUGUCGGAGAAUGGCACAGAGGCAAAACCAUGGGCAAAGGUCGUUUCAGCUGGCCCAGUGGUGCCACCUACGAAGGCGAUUUCAAAAACGGUUACAUGGACGGCAAAGGUACUUACAUCGAUUCGUCUGGAGAUUUGUAUAGAGGAUCAUGGGUGAUGAAUCUAAGACACGGCCAAGGAACCAAAAGCUACGUCAACGGUGAUUGCUACGACGGAGAAUGGAGGAGAGGGCUACAAGACGGACACGGGAGGUACCAAUGGAAGAACGAGAACCAUUACAUCGGUCAAUGGAAGAACGGGAUGAUGAACGGUAACGGGACGAUGAUAUGGAGCAACGGCAACCGUUACGACGGAUCCUGGGAAGACGCAGCUCCCAAAGGCAACGGAACUUUCCGAUGGUCAGACGGGAGUUUCUACGUCGGAGUUUGGAGCAAGGAUCCCAAAGAACAGAACGGGACUUAUUACCCUUCGACGUCUUCAGGGAAUUUCGACUGGCAACCGCAACAAGUGUUCUAUGUUGACCUGAGUGAAUGUGUGGUUUGCACUUGUCAGAGAAUCCCGGUUUUGCCUUCUCAGAAGAUGCCGGUUUGGUACGGUUCUUCCGAGCAGAGUAGUAGUGGGAACAGGACCAAGAACAGCAGCAAUGAGAGGCCGAGGAGGAGAUCUGUUGAUGGGAGGGUUAGUAAUGGUGAAAUGGAACUGAGGAGUAAUGGUUCUGGUUAUCUCCAGUUGGAUGAUAAUAUGGCAGAGAGUAACAGAUCAUCAUUAGGGCAUUUGAGGAUACAGCCUGCGAAGAAACAAGGACAAACCAUCUCUAAAGGACAUAAGAAUUACGACCUCAUGCUUAACUUGCAGCUCGGGAUUAGACAUUCUGUUGGAAGACCAGCGCCUGCUACAUCUCUUGAUUUGAAGGCUUCGGCGUUUGAUCCAAAGGAAAAACUUUGGACCAAGUUUCCAUCUGAAGGAUCUAAAUACACUCCUCCACACCAGUCUUGUGAGUUCAAAUGGAAGGAUUAUUGUCCUGUGGUUUUCAGGACUCUGCGGAAACUGUUUAGUGUGGAUGCAGCAGAUUAUAUGUUAUCGAUUUGUGGUAAUGAUGCUCUUAGGGAGCUAUCAUCUCCAGGGAAAAGUGGAAGCUUCUUCUACUUGACCAACGAUGACCGCUACAUGAUCAAGACGAUGAAGAAGGCAGAAACAAAAGUACUUAUAAGGAUGCUUCCGGCCUAUUACAAUCAUGUAAGGGCAUGUGAAAACACUCUGGUUACCAAAUUUUUCGGUCUUCACUGCGUGAAAUUGACUGGCACUGCACAGAAAAAGGUCAACAACCAUUUUAUUGCCUUCAUGUGUCUCUGUAUGGUUGUUAUUAGCCUUUUCAAUAUUAGUGAUGGAGAAUACUUGCGCCUGCAGGUUCGGUUUGUGAUCAUGGGGAAUCUGUUCUGUACUGGUUACUCCAUCCAUAGGCGGUUUGACCUCAAAGGAUCCUCUCAUGGCCGUCUCACCACUAAACCAGAGUCUGAAAUCGAUCCAAACACAACGCUUAAAGAUCUUGAUCUAAAUUUCGUAUUCCGACUGCAGAAGAACUGGUUCCAAGAAUUCUGCAGGCAAGUGGACAGAGACUGUGAGUUCCUUGAACAAGAGAGGAUCAUGGAUUAUAGUCUCUUAGUUGGUCUUCACUUCCGAGAAGCUUCAUUCAAGGAGUCUGCUACUCCUCCUUCCGGAGCCCGAACCCCAACAGGAAAUCCUGAAGGUGGAAACCCUCGUGUCUCCCGAGCAGAAAUGGACCGUUUUCUUCUUGAUGCCAGCAAGUUAGCAUCCAUGAGGCUGGGUAUAAACAUGCCUGCGAGAGUUGAAAGAACAGUGAGAAGAAGUGACUGUGAGAAUCAGCUUGUUGGGGAACCAACUGGUGAAUUCUACGAUGUGAUUAUCUACUUUGGUGUUAUAGACAUUCUACAAGACUACGAUAUAAGCAAGAAGCUUGAACAUGCCUACAAAUCAAUGCAGUAUGAUCCGACUUCGAUCUCAGCCGUUGAUCCAAAGCAGUACUCUCGACGUUUCAGGGAUUUCAUCUUCAGGAUCUUUGUCGAAGACACUUGAGAACAAUCCAUCUAACUUGCACCCCCCAAGGCCCAACCAAGUUGAGGUUUUAUUUUUUUUGUUAGAAAUUCUUUUCUAUAUAGAAAUAUUUGUAAAUUUUACUAUUUAACCAAAUCUUUUCAUAUAGAGAAAAGUUCAUUCUUUUUGUAACUAAAGUUCAAUACUCUGCCCUUUUACUUCUUCUUGAUACUCUUUGUAUUGCGUUUCUUUAAACGUGAAAGGAAGGAUGUGUACAGAUGUUAUUGACUUGUGUAUUUCUCAUUAUC